UAACGUUUAGAGCCUCACAGUCGACAUGAACUCGUUUUUGGGUAGCUUCUUAGUGUUGAUAUUUUUAUUCCUUGUAGUUGAAGGGCAACGGGUAGCACAGAAAAAAUGUGCUGAAUACCAAGCGCAGAAUCUUGCCAGAGUGAUUCUUUCCCCAACCGAACCAGCCAAACCCGUCGGAGAGUUCUACGGCGUACAGCUGCCCGAUAGACUUCUCGGAGAUCACCAGCCCAACUUUGGCGAGUUCCCUCACUCGGUUCUGCUAGGAUGGCCAACGCCCGAUAGCCCGAACCAUUACGAGCUGCCGUGUGAUGGAGCCCUGAUCAGCGACCGCUACGUCCUCACAGCAGCUCAUUGUCUGCGCCAGGAGCACCCGACCAUGGCGAGGUUUGGAGAGUACAGCAUCCUGACCGACGACGGUGACCAGGUUGAUGUACAGGUUGAGUCCGUGGUGGUUCAUCCGGAGUACGACCCUGGCACCGUGUACAACGAUAUCGCUCUGGUUAAGCUGAGCGAACCCGUGACCUUUACCCAAUUAAUCCAUCCGGCCUGCUUGUGGACGGAGCAUAACCUCAACGUUUCCAAGGUGGUUGGGCUUGGCUUUGGACAGUACGAUUUGCUCGAAAGUGACGUCCCGGACUUGAUGAAGAAGGUAACGCUAGACCUGCUAGACGAUCGCAUGUGUGAGCAACAAUACGGCAGCCUGGAGAAGUUCCCCCGCGGAAUCGUCGCCAGUCAGCUGUGCCUCGGGGGAAACGACCGGCACGCGGAUGUCUGCCUGGGAGAUUCGGGAUCGCCGGUGCAGAUUCGGACCGAGCCGGCCAGUCCGACGUACCACGUAGUGGCAGUGACGUCAACGUUGCUGUGUGACGCCCGGGAGUCGCCGUCGGUUUACACGCGGGUUGCCAGCUACGUCGAGUGGAUUGAGGGUGUUGUUUGGGGUUGAAUUUUGAAGAUUGUUUAUACUUUUUUAUGAUAUGCAUUUAAUAAAAAUAUAAUUUUUGGGCCGAUGUGGAAGAUAUAGCGACAUUGACUAUGAAAAA